UCAGUAGAAGAAGAAGUCAUGAUGCGAACAUGGCGGCAAAGGAAAUUGUAAACAGCCACCAAACUGACGUCGACUCUGUUGUUUACCGCUGGGUUGUGGAUUAUUAUUUGUCGCUGGCGCUAAAGUUUUUUCAAAAGGAGCAAUACGCGGAUUUUGUUGACAUAACAAAUGUACUUAACUGUGUCUUGGUUCAUCCUCUUGAGACCAAUGAUGCUAUUCACAAGAAGUUUCGAGUGCUGCAGUUCCUCUCCCGGAUAAAUGAGGGUGAAAACCUUGAUGUGUCAUUUCAGUCUGACCAGCCAAUAAGUCCUCUGGAAUCGGCCUUAAUUUUGCUGGAACAUAUCAACCAGGAAUUAAGUAUUCCACAGCAGGAAUUUGAGAGUGUAUGCACGUCACUCAAAGAGAUGAUUGUGGUGAUUUUCAUUAAGAACAACAAGUUUGACAGAGCAAAAGAGGUGCUGAAUAAACACUUUCCCAAAGCAUUGGUUGGCAAGAAAGCUAUAUUCAUGGGACUCAUCAGACAGAAGAGUAAAACACAUGAAGUCAUCGAGCAAGUGGACUUCAAACAGUUCAAGGAGGAGAUGUUGGCCUUUUGCCAGAGGCUCUGCCCAAGCGAUGUUCCCUUUCUCCACAGGGCUGCCAAAAUGUUUAUUGAUAAAAGACUAAUGGAGCCAGACGAGGAGGCGGCUGAUUCUGAUGAGCAAGACGAGCCUGGUCUGACCUCUAGUCCACAAAUAAGCAUCGUCCAGUUUGUACUAUGUAAACAUAAGAUGAUCCAGAGGACCAGGUUGGAGGCAGCCUACAAGGCUUUGGCUACCAGUUCAGAUGAGAGAACAUUUGCUCAGCUGGAGGAAGAAGUGGAGCAAGAGGAGCAGGCAGAACAACAAGGUCUUUCCCUGACCCUCUCGCCGACUCCACCGAAGGACACCAAUCAGGACUCAGAGCAGGAUGAGUUAUUUCAGAGAGACUCAGGCAGCCCCAUGGAGGCUUCCCCGGCAGACCAACCACCACAAACGGAUGUUGCUCCUCAAACACAGGCAGGCUCACUCUCAAAGACACCCUUGGUGCUGAGGAAGAGGCAGCUUUACACUGUGGCACGACUGGUGGUGGAGCCAGACAGCCAGGGGAGCUCACAGUGCACAGCAGCUUCUCAGGAACUGGAGGCUGAAGUCAGAACAGAAGAGCCACCACAGUCACCAGCUAGGCCCAAUAAAAAAGGUCUGCAGAACCCAGUAACUGACAAUGAGGUUUCAGCGCCCACACAGAAACACCCCAGACGAGCAAGCAAAAUUCGCAGCAGUGCCUCAACUAGUUUGGCAGAGUUGUCAGCAGACAGUGAUGAAGACCCUCCUGGCUCUGUGGCCAACAGGGAAAUGUUUUUGGGUAAACCCCAUAACCAGUCCAACACUUCACUCCGCAGACAAAGAGCAAAGCAUGAUUCUCAACUCUCAUCACACAAAACCCCCACCAAGUCAAAGCAGUCAUCUUCAGACAGAGAGGAAGUCCCACAGGAGCCACCAGCUCCCUUCAAAACCCCAGUGCAGAAACCACAUGAACUGGACAGCGAUCCUCUCAGCAAGGAUCCAGGUAAUACAGAUGACUUCCAUAUCAUAGAUUCUUCGUUGGACAGCUCCCCCAAUGUGUUCCCUCAAACAAGCUCCACCCCUCACAGGGACUCUGCUCGAGACAAAAAUCCUUCUAAUUCAAAAUGGAAACAACUGAUGACUAAUGCAAGGGAGAGUAAGGAUACAUGGAGCGAUGAAGAGUCAUAUUUUCCCUCCAGGAAGAAAACUGGAUCACACAACGAGAGCACCAUUUCAAACUCAGGCCACAGGAAGAGGAAGUGGACUGAGAGUGAGACAGAGAAGCUGAAAAAAGGGGUCCAAAAAUUUGGAGAGGGCAACUGGAGUCAGAUAAAGGCAUAUUACAGCUUCAAGGACCGAACAAAUGUCAACCUUAAGGACAGAUGGAGAACAAUGAAGAAGUUAAACAUGGUGUGAGACGUUCAUGAAGCCUAGAUGCCACAUUCAUUUCUUGGUUACACAAACAAAUUUUAUUUCAUUUUUUUUGGAGGAAUGCGAGCUAUACUUCUUCAGUUAAGUCCAGUCCAGUCUUUUCUGCAUUACUGUAAUCAUGUUUAUAAUUUAAGUUCAUGACACUUUCUAGUUCAAUAAAUUUUCAUGGUUCAAU